UCGUUUUCAGCGCGGGAGAUGCAAGCAAGUGCGAGGAGAAAUACAGACAUUUGCCGCCAAACCAGUUACUGACCAGAGAACAUCAUGCCCUGUGAGAGAAAGCCUAUGCGUUACGGUCACUCAGAGGGACUCACUGAUGUCUGCUUUGAUGAUGAGGGAAAGUCUCUUGUCACCUGUGGUAGUGAUGGAGAUGUCCGCAUAUGGGAAAGUCUUGAUGACGAUGAUCCUAAAUCUAUAAAUGUUGGAGAGAAGGCCUUCUCUGUGGCCUUGAAGAAUGGAAAAUUAAUUACUGCGGUUUCCAACAACACGGUUCAGAUUCACACUUUUCCAGAGGGAGAUCCAGAUGGAAUUCUCACUCGAUUUACCACCAACGCAAACCACGUCACAUUCAGCACCAGCGGUUCAAAAGUGGCUGUAGGCUCGAGCGACUUCCUGGUGAAGAUAGUGGAGGUGAUGGACAGCAGCAGGCAGACGACUCUCCGUGGUCAUGAAGCGCCUGUCCUCAGCGUGGCCUUUGACCCUUCUGAUGAGUUCCUCGCUUCUUCCAGCUGUGAUGGCUCAGUCGCUGUGUGGUCCGUCGAGUCGCAGACUCAGGUUGCUCACUGGAAAGUGCUUCAGAAGUCAAGUGAUGUGAGCACUGCAAAAUCUCUCUGCAGACUUGCCUGGCAGCCUCGUUCUGGAAGGCUUCUGGCUAUACCAGUGGACGCCACCGUGCAGCUGUAUGACAGAAACACGUGGACACAUGUUAGCACGCUCUCAGAUGACCUCAGCACACAGGUUGCUAAUGUUGUGGUUUGGUCGCCUUGUGGGAAGUUUCUGGCUGCUGGAACUGUUGGAGGAAACCUGUUGAUCUGGGAUGUUGAGGCCAAACUGUGUGUCGAGAGACAGAAACACGAGAAAGGGUUCACUGUGUGCGGGAUGGCCUGGCAUCCCUCAGGGGGUCGGAUCGCUUACACUGACACUGAGGGCUGCCUCGGCCUCCUGGAUGGAGUGUCUUCCGCCUCUGCCCCCACCUCCUCAUCGACCACCCAGAGCACCAAGGCUACUGCAGCCAAGGAAAAAAAAGAUUAUGAUGACCUGUUUGAUGACGACGAUGACCGGAUGAUGGACGAGGGCAUGAGCGACUCGCGCUCUCCGGUGAAGAAAGCCUUCGUUGAGGAUGAUGAUGAUGACGACCUCAUGCCCGCCACGGGCCGAGCACGAAACAGAGCAUCGUUUCUGGAUGAUGACAAUUCUCUUGAUGCAGCGUCGGUAAAACUGGAUAAACUUCCGGAUGAGGAUGGAAACAGCGCGAUUCUUCCUCCUGUGGUCCCCGCUGUGUCCCGUCCAGUCUAUGAGGGUCCCAUGCCAACCCCACCCCAAAGGGCUUUCCAACCAGGAUCCACCCCUGUGCACCUCAUGCAUCGCUUCAUGAUGUGGAACUCUAUUGGUAUCGUCCGUGGCUAUAACGAUGACCAGGACAACGCCAUUGAUGUGGAGUUUCACGACACAGCCAUCCAUCACGCCAUGCACCUCACCAACACACUUGGCCACACUAUGGUUGACCUAUCCCAGGAGGCCGUGCUGCUGGCAUGUGAGGGAACUGAUGAGCUAGCCAGCAAGAUCCAGUGUUUGCAUUAUUCCUGCUGGGACACACAUAAGGAGUGGAUGGUGGAUCUUCCUAAAGGCGAAGAUGCGCGUGCGUUGUGUUUGGGUCAGGGCUGGGCUGCCGUGGCCACAAGCACCCUAAUGGUCAGGCUCUUCUCCAUUGGUGGUGUACAGAGGGAGAUGUUCAGCCUGCCUGGAGCUGUGGUGUGCAUGGCGGGUCACGGCGAGCAGCUCCUUAUAGUCUAUCAUAGAGGUACUGGAUUUGAUGGAGAUCAGUCUCUUGGGAUACAGCUGAUCCAGCUUGGCCGGAAGAGAAAGCAGGUGAUCCAGGGAGAGGGGUUGCCUCUCUCACGGAAGUCUUACCUGGCGUGGAUGGGCUUUACUGCUGAAGGAACCCCCUGCUGUAUUGAUUCUGAGGGGGUCGUACGUAUACUGAACAGAACCCUGGGAAACACCUGGACUCCGGUGUGUAACACCAGAGAGAGCUGCAAGAGCAAAUCUGACAAUUACUGGGUCGUCGGAGUUCACGAGAACCCUCAGCAGCUCAGGUGUAUCCCAUGCAAAGGUUCCCGCUAUCCACCCACCCUACCUCGCCCUGCUGUGGCUGUCCUGCCCUUCAAACUGCCUUAUUGCCAGACCACCACAGAGAAAGGCCAGAUGGAGGAGCAGUACUGGCGUUCGAUGCUCUUCCAUAACCACUAUGACUUCCAGUCAUCAAGCGGUUAUGAAAUCGACAGUGAGGGCCAGUCUCGAGCCCAGAAAGAGCAGCAGGAGCUGUUGAUGAAAAUGUUUGCUCUGUCAUGUAAACUGGAGCGAGAGUUUCGUUGUGUGGAGCUGGCGGAGCUGAUGACUCACAACGUGGUGACGCUCGCCAUCCGUUACGCAUCUCGCUCCAGACGCAUGGCUCUGGCACAGAAGCUCAAUGAACUCGCUCUGGAAAAGGCCAAUCAGCUGUAUGAGGAGGAGGAGCAGGAAGAAGAGGAGCCGGCCUAUCAGAGUGUAGCACAAAAUCCACGGUUUAACCAUGUUAGAAGAGAAUCUAGAGGAUCGAGUCAGAUGAACGGCUGCGAUGAUGAGGAUGUGGAGGAAGAAUACACACAGGAAGAGGAAAGGGAUGAAGAAGAGUCAUCAGAGACCAAGAAACCAUGUUUGAAUCCAUUUAAAAAAGGAGCAAAAUCCCCUGAAAGGCCCUCCCCUAAACCAGUAAACCGAGAAGUACGUGCGAAUCCUUUUAAGGUAUCUAGUGCAGGAAAGUCAUCAGGUUCACCGGCCGGUCAGUCCAGAACGACUAAUGUACUGGACAGUAUGACGAUGUCCAGCAGAAAACCUGCAGCUCUCAGCGGAACAUCCAAACAGGGCAAAGCACCAGUCCUGAAGCCCCUGGCACCCAAAGCCAAGUCCAAGACCCAGGCCACUCUACUGCAGAUGAGCGCGACUAAAGUCAGCAGUAAGAAACAGCAGAGCCAAUCAGGAACAGAGUCUGUGAAACAGGCUCCUGCUGCGACACCUCCGGUAUCUGCAGAGAAUACAGAAAACAGAAAGCCAAAGACGGGGUUUCAGCUGUGGCUUGAUGAGAACAGGAAGAGUAUUCUCUGUGACAAUCCUGACUUUGAGGAAAUGGAUGUUAUCAAGGAUGGCAUGGGCCGUUUCCGCACGCUUACCGCCGAGGAGCGACUCGAGUGGUCUGAGAAAGCAAAGAGUGAAUCUGACCCGAAGAAAAGAAAGCGUGAGCACGGAGGAGAGGAAGAUGAAGAAAUGGAGAGUGAUGAGAGCGUGGGCAAAAAGAAAAAGCCAUCAGAUAGUUCUGCAAAACUCUCCGCAUUCGCAUUUAACAAAGAAUAACACUUGGCGUGAAUUCGUGAAUUGUUCAUAUAUAUGUAUAUUUACAACUUGUUUUAAUGUGAAUGAAAAAGAGGCUUUUAAUAGAUGUUAUUCAUUGGUCAGUGUAGUUUUCUGUCCUCUUGUAGUUUCAUGUAUAACAGCCGUUCAUUGUGUUCUGAUCUUUAAUUUAUGUUCUCAAGUUUGAGCUCACUGCGUAGCUCAUUUGCAUUUUAAAUGAAGCCCGGACGCUUUGUUAAACGUUUCGCAAUAUGACAAGACGGUCAAUAACUAGGUCUCCUUUCUGGAGUAUUAUUUGUACAUAAUGUUUUUGUGAACUUUUCUACUGUAUGUUAACUAUCAUAAUAAAAGUGAACUAAUCUAGAAUCAA